GGCGCACCAGAGUUCAGAGAAGACAGUUGCGAGAAGGGCUAAAGUCAGUUUACCCUUGACCAUGGGUGGAUCAGCCUCCAGCCAGCUAGAUGAGACAACGUCCAGUCACAUCAGAGGGCAGACAGAGGGGGAUCUGAAGGCCUUUGCUGCUCAGUACAGGAGGCAGUACUGUGUGGCCCUCUGCUCAAGACUACAGGAGGAGCUGGAACAGCAAAACACCAGCCCUGCGCUGCUCCUCAAACACCGGGAGCCAUGUGUGGGUGGUGAGGUGGUGUACGAGGCCGGUAUGAUGCAGUGUGAGGACGGCAGGAAGUGGAGAGACAGAUGGGCCGUCAUCAAAGACAACACUCUGGAGCUGCACGACAACCAGGAGAUGUGGAAGAAGGGUUCUGCUGCCCGGCAGGUGCUGGUUCUGGUCGGGGGUGAUGCAGUGACCACUAGGGAGAAGUAUGAGGCGUUACUCCAUAAGGACUAUCCUGACCUCAACAAUGGGCAAGAGGACUCAUCCACUGAGCUACUUCCGCCCAACUCCUUCCCAGUCUACUUGAAGUUGCCGUACCGACGUCAUGUUUACCUCUGCUGCCAUGACAACGAGCAGCGUCGGCGCUUCCUCUCUGUUCUCACUCACGCCAUCCGUCACCAGAACCACGACUCUCUGCACAAACCCAGCUGUGAGACACAGGCCUUUCUGGCAGCCGUAGACUUUCAUCGACAGGAGACGGGCCGCUAUGAAUCAUGGGACAUGCUAGUGGGAGAUGACACACAGGUCCUCACACACUUGGUGGUGGAAGGGUGUAUUCCGUACCUUCAGAGGGAGCUGUUUCCCCAGUUGAAGGGGAAGAGGGCGGAGAAGAGGAGAGCCUGGCUAUCCUUAGUGGAGGCUGCCCACACCCAGGUGUUGUCCCAGGUGGAUCAGUGUCUCCAGAGCCUGAAGGAGGAGUGCAGUGCCACAGCCCAACAGCAGGGAGCGCUGCUGCGCGCCAACAUGGACCAGAUCAGCUCCUCGCAGGCCUUCCUGGAGACCAAGCUACAAGGUCUGGUGUCGGAGCAGGCCCAUAGUGUUUGUGCGGAGCAUGUGACCCCGUACCUCACCUCUGUGCUGGAGGAGCUGCUGGAGCCGGUCAACAGGGGCUUCCAGGCCGUCAGGCAGCUCUGUGAGGAGCGGCUGGACUGCCUCUGCAAAGACGUUAGGGGACACGGAUGGACAUACCCACAGGUCCACCAGGCUCUGCAGCAGGCUGGUCGUGAGCGGCUGGAGGACGGCUUCCAGGGCCUGGACACCCUGCAUGACAAGCUCCAGGGACUGCAGCAGAGAUUUGGCUUCUCCAACACCCCCAAACUAGUGCAGGGCGCCCAGAGGGACAUGCAGCAGCUGAUGGAUAAUGCCAUAUACACCUUUGAGUCGCUGCUUCAGUCUGCGAAAGACAACGCUGGCCAGCUGGGGUCUGUCAUGGACAAAGCCAAGGCUAGAGUGCUCAAGCAAUAUGACUAUGACAGCAGCACGGUGCGGAAGCGUUUCUUCCAGGAGGCCUUGAUGGACAUCACACUACCCGUGCUGAGGAGACACCUGGCCCCCUCAUGCAGACCCAAACUGGAGAGUUUUGAGCAGUACAUAUUUGCGGACUGUACAGACUUCAUCCGAGUGGAGAAUGUGUAUGAGGACAUUCUAACCAAGACUCUCACCCCAGAAGUCAGCAAAGUGGUGAAGGAGGCGGCAAGUCAGAAGAGGCACAACCUGUUUGUGGACAGCGCCGACCUGCAGGCCAUCAGCCAGGGCAGCCUGUCCAUGAUCCUGACGGACAGCAGCCGCACGCCUCCGAGAUCCGCCCCCUCCAGCCCGCCACUACAGCCCGGCCUUGGACGCAUGCUCCUGGGGGGCGAGAUCAAGCCCUCCCCUCUGGCUGCUAGUGUGCCGGGGGUGACCGUGACCUCUGCGGAGGAGGUUUGCAGCCCGGAGGUACCACAGGAGCAGCAGCAACAAGUACAACAGGAGGAGGAGCAGAAACAGGAGCAGGGGGAGCAUGGGGAGGUGGAGCAGAAGGAUGAGAUGGAGAAGCAGAGUGGAGAAGAAAAGGUACAGGAGGAGCAGACCAAAGUGCAACAACAAAGUGAACCACCUCCAGCACAAGAAGGAAUGAAGGAGCAAAAAGAGGAGGACGAGGACAAGGAGAAGGAGAAAGAAAAGGUGGUCGUGGAGGAGAAAGAGAAAGAGAAGGAGGAGGAAGAGAAGAUGAAGGAGGAGACGGGGAUUGAGGAGGUGAUUCAGCAAGUCAGCUCAGUCCAAGUGUCCUCUUCGCCUCCUCCUGCUGCUCCCAAGGAAGACGCACCUGCCCCUGAAGAGCCUCUCCCACCACCUGCCUCCGAUGUCCCCUCUGCCCCCCCAGUGGCCUCAGUGGCCCCAUCCACCCCCACGGGCUGCACGGACAGAGCGUUCUACAUCAACCCACCAGCAGGGGUCCCCGCAGGCAGUGCUGUGCCGCUCUGUGAGGAGGAAGACUCCACUGUCACCCCUGUCCCCACUGCCACCACCACCAUUGCUGCCACCACGACUAGCACAGCACCUCAAGCCACCCAGGGAUGCCAUAGUCCAGAGGAAGACAGCGGUGGUGAGAUGGCUGAGACAGCUGAGGCAUGUGAAGCACCACCUGUAGAGGCUGUAGAGGAGACGAGUGUGACUCCGGCAAGAGUGGAAGGAGGUGCUGAGGAGGACUCCGAAGGGGCCUCUGGAGGUGUGAACGCAGCCGAGGAGGAGAGCGGAUCCCGUGAACACCUGUCAAGCUCUGAGCCGACAGCAGAGGGCGCUGAGGCACCUCCAUGUGGCACAGCUGAGGAGGAGGAGGAAGAGGGGGAAGAGGGAGAGGAAGAGGAGGAGGGGGGUUUGGACAGCGUGAAGGCCAUUCGGGAUCUGGUGAUGGAGGUUAUUGAGGUGGAGGACGUCAUCACGCCAUGUCCUGAUGGCAGACCAGCUUAGGGUUGAGAUGGUUGUGGUGGUGCACAUCUCUGGUCAAGAUGCAGGACAAAGGCUGAUACAGGUUGAUUGAUUGAGAGGUCAGCACACUUGAAGUCCUUUUUUAUUACUGUUUCAUUUCAUGGCAGAAUUACAUUUUGCAAAGUUUUACGAGGGUCUGCAUGCCUUGAAAGUCUUGCAAGCGCAGCUUUUCAAAGUUUGAUUGUUUUCAGUAUGUACCAUAGAAGACGAGCAUGAAAUUCUUGGAGGAAGGCCUCACUGGCCGAAAUGUAAUUCAGCCAUAGAAUAAAAAAAGAAAAUAAUUUCAAGGGUGCUGACCUCAGCUAUGGGUCACAAUGGCCUUGUUUACGUAAUGUUUUUAAUUCCGAAUGAAAUAGUUCCGUUGGCGUUAACAUUGCACUUUCAUUUAAGUCCGAAUUGUGAAGUAUUUGCAUGUUUUCAAAGCAGAAUUAAGUUUUAUUCAGAAUUAAAUUGAGUUCAUUCGGAAUUAAAUGUCCCAUGUCACCAAGGCCAUUUGGUAUUGAAUUUAAAAAUGCAAAAUGGGCUGUGCAGAAGAGGGGUGACACAGCCGGAAACACAGCAUCCAAAAGACUGACACAGCCAUUAUUUUGUAAUACUACAGUAACUAAUAUUUCAAAAGGAGGAGGGACGGAGGAUGGAUGGUUUGAUUUCAUAUGACUAACCAAGAGGACAGACACAGUCAGUCCAAGUUUUCAUAGUGCAGUAUUUAUAUGCUUAUUUUCUACAAUUUUUUAUAACAUUAUAUUUUAUAACUUUUAUGUUGAAAUGAAAUAACAUGAUGUUCUUCAAACUGUUUUUGAAGCUUAUUCUCCUUGACUUAAACCUAAGUAAACAGCUGACCAAUUUGAGUGACUGGCAGAUGAAUUGCAAGAAAUUGGGUUUUGGAAAAACGCAUCUGGUAUCAAUGUCUGCUUGUAUUCUGCCUGCACAGCUUGUACCUGUUGGUGCCAUAGACGUAUAGAGAGUGUCUCGGUGAUUAACAUUUUUGUAAAGUAGUUUAUGGAAAUUCCUGUACCUCUCAACGUGUCACAGACAUCACAUUUUUCUCAACAUCUCUUUUUUUCGUGUUCUCAAAGAGUGAUAUUUUAAGACUAUGCUACAAUACCUGCAACAGUCACCGAAAGUGAAUGCAGCCAUUGCAAGGGAAUGCACAUAAAUACCAAGAAAAUUACAUGACUCAUGCACAUUCAUCUACAUGAGUCAGCAGUGAAUGGAAUGGAUGUGUGUUUGAAAACAUGCAGGUGGUGACGAUAAAAUGAUGUCUUUAAAUUCUAUUACAAUACGAAAAUGACUUUAUGAAUUUUUCACUAUAUUCAAUACAGUACUUUACAUAAGUGUUUUUUUCUGGACAACCUAUAUAUACAGUAUACUGCAUGUGCAUGUGCUGGCAUGAUGUAGAGCAGUGUUUCUCAACAGGGGUGCCGGGGCACCCUGGGAUGCCGUGGGCCCCCCUCAGGGGUGCCGCGGAAACAUGGCUGAUAAAUAAAUUAUGUAAUAUAAUACAUAUUUGUCUAAAUUGAUAAGUUAAUGCUAGUCAGUGGAAUCUUUACACACACAUUUACACACAAUAAAGUAAAUAUAGGUCGCCCCAGUCAGCUGCAACUUCGAACUAGACCAUGACACAGGAGUGGAUUUUCACUCCCGUCCCAUCCCGGUCCCAGAAAAAAAAUCCCAUCCCGUCCCAUCCCGGACUGGAGUAAAAGAAACAAAUCCCAUCCCGUCCACUCCUGAAAAGAAUGUUUCCCAAUCCUGCCCAUUCCCAAUCAAAAUCAAUCCCACUCCCGUUUCAUCAAAAAAACGAGGCUUUUUUUAAUGGAAAAAUAAGCGAGCAUUCCCGGUCUCGUUCAUUUUUAUUCCCGCUCCUGCCUGCUCCCAUUCAUCUUUAUUCCCGCUCCUGCCCACUCCCGUUCAUCUUUGAAUUUUGACUCCCAUCUCGCGGGAAUCCCGCGGGACCCACGGGAAUUCCCGAAAAAUAUCCUCUACUUCGAACGUAGGUCAUGCGACGUCUCCAAAUGUGUUACUUUUCUAAGCUCGCCUCGUGUGGUAUCGGAUACGAUGCCAUGUUACGGCUUGUUGUUUUGGGGUGCCUUGAAAUUUUUCAUGAUUUGAUAGGGUGCCUCGCCUAAAAAACGUUGAGAAACACUGAUGUAGAGUGAAGCUUAUGAAGAGUAUUUCAACUGCCAGUUUCACACCAGAGUAACUGACAACAGUGACUUCUAUUUACAGUGAGCUACGAUCCAACCUGGUGCACUACAACACAAUGACCUAACUUCAAGUAUUUUUCUGAAGUGGAUUGGCAAUUAUUUUGACACAAAUAAAUUUGCUAUUUAGUAAUCACAAGUGACACGUGUACACCAGGCAACUGGAUAUUUUAUAGUUCUAACUUAAAAGCAAAAUGCAUUU